AUCAGAGAUUAUAAACAAUGCCUGAACUUUUGAAGCAAAAUUACCGUGAACAGCUAGCCACCUGGAUUGGGAAGACCUGUCACUUCCGGUUAUUGUACAAGAUCAGCAGAGAUGGAUGUUCAGCCACAACGUUUCAUCAAAAGUGUGACGGUCAGGGACCAACAGUAACAGUUCUGUAUAACACAAAUAACACGAUAUUUGGAGGGUACCUAUCACAGAGCUGGAAUUCCAAUGGCGCACAUAUCGCAGACACAAAUGCAUUUCUUUUCCGACUGCAGUAUAACGGUUCUUCUUAUCCACAUAAAGCUCCUGUCAAUGGUUCCUAUUAUAAUUAUGCAGGCUAUGGGGAUGGUAAUUAUGGUCCAUCUUUUGGAGGGAAUACUGACUUACGCACAUUUCAAGGGAACGUUUCAAAAUCUGGCAAUACGUUUGCGCUAAGUGGUUAUGUGCAGGUGCAAUACUAUACUUACAAUGGACAGGAUACCAACUCUAUGACAAACAAUAAUCUGUCGGUUACCGACCUCGAGGUCUACCUUGUCGUAGAUGGAACAGGACCAAAGAUUUUUGACAAACCAUGGAGAGAACCACCUGAAUGGAACAAUGAGGUAUUAAAUGUAAUUAUAGUAUUAUAA